AUGACUUCAUCGGAAAUCAGUAAGCCAUUAUUAGAACCUUUAAAAGUUUUUGUGGUAAAUCCACUUGCUCCGGCAUCUCAAUUAUUUAUAGUGAAAAUGAUGUCUGGUGUAGUGUUUGGUGAAGAUCAGCUGAUUGAUUUGAGUCUCGUAGUGUAUACUAAUAAUAUUAGGGCUGCAGAAGCUUUUAUACUGGAAAUAGAAUCAUGUGCCUUUUCAUGCAAUAAUUCUAUCAAAGUGUCCUCAGAUAUGCCGAGAGUAACAGAAGGUGACGUUUUUUGUUUUAUGACUGACUUUGACAAUCCAAAUUGCAUGGUAUUUAAUGAGAAGAAUAUUGAAGAUCAAUUUAAUGCUUUAUAUUUAAUAAUAAAAUUGGCAAAUAGUUUUAGUUGGCCUAGUGAACUAGACGAUGAAGACGUUGAAAGAACAAAAAAAGUUAAUCGUGGUAAAAAAAAUGUUAAAGAUGCAAAAGCAGGAAAAGCGCUACCUAUUACAGAAAGAAAGCCUAUAUUUUUGGCUGAUGGUCUUGUGGCUAUUGAUAUUCUUUAUUCACUGUCUUCAAAUAUGCCAUCGGAUAUAUAUUUUUGUCCAACACCCAUUACAGCUAUUGCAAAGUCUGUAUUAAGCGAUUACUUAAACGUGCAUUGUAACGUCAUUAAUGAUGUGCUUGUUUGGGCUGCGAAUGAUGAUGUGUUUCAUAUUGAAGUCGAGAGGCCUUUAAUUAUUCAUGAUGAGGUUGAUGGUGACUCGCAUUGUAAUGAGAAUAAUAUAAUUGGAAAGGAUCUUUUGGAAUCAUUAAACUUAGAUUCGACCCAGUUUAGCGCUUCCUGGUUAAAGAAAGAGCUUAUCGAAAAGGUGGCGUCAUCUGCGUCGAAGAAUCCGUACGGAUGUAUUUAUAGGGCUGUGGAAUUCAGCAAAACUUUGAGAGACAUUUGGUUAACGCGUAUCCACGACGAUGGCAAGAAAGUUUAUAACAACAUGGGCGUCAUUAGUGACGGCUCACUUGGAACUAUUAAAGGACAUGCUUAUGUUUUGCCAUUAGUAUUUAGCCAUGGCUCUUGGUCGGUCAGUAAGCGUUUUGAAGAUGAUAUUCAUCUAAAGCAGGAAAUAAAAAGAAUGAAUCAAGAAGUCACACAACGCCAUCAGCAGAUGAUAUCACACUGUAAAAAGUUUCUGCAAGAGAACAUUAUUAAUCAAUCUCUCAAAGAUGAAGAUGCCAGCAGCUUUACAAGUAAAUAA